UUGGCCUCUUCUCCUAGCGAAACUUGCCCGAAUGCGACCAAGGCCUGCUGUGACGUCUACCGCUGUCGUCUCAUUAAUGGCGCUGAAUGUGCCACUGGUCCUUGUUGUGAGGUUACCUCCACACCAAAGGGUUACCAAUGUCGUCUGCGUUCUGCGGGUUCUACCUGCCGUCCAGAGACUGGUUCCUGUGAUCUCCCGGAGUUCUGCGACGGUAGCUCCGAGUGGUGCCCUGCCGACGUCUACAAAAUAGACGGCGAAUCCUGCUACACCGAACACGGCUACAAGUCGUAUUGCGUACGCGGGGGCUGCCGCUCUUCCCAGGACUGGUGUCAGACGCUCUGGGGCGAUACGGCGACACCUGCCGGUUAUGGUUGUAUGGAAUAUAACAUGCGGUUGUCCAGGGACAGGAAAGCGGAUGAUGUGGCCAACUGUGGAAAGUCGAGACCCAUCGCAGAGGAACGUUGGAACGAUGCGCAAUCCUGGCCGAGUAAAGUCUGCAAGACCUGGGAGGAUGCGCAGUGUGGUCGUCUCUGGUGUCUUCACAGUAACGAGAAAGCAAUGCUCUUGGGUUGGAUUCAGUCUCAGCAACGCGUGGAUCCGCAGUCCGGCCGGUCAUGCCUGGCUCUAGUAUACGAUCCGAUGUGUUACAACGGUUCCUGUAUGGCGCUUUCAUCAAUUCCUGUGCCCAUUACCUGCAACUGCAACUCACAUGGGGUUUGCAACAAUCUCGGCAAUUGUCACUGUAAUCCAGGCUUCGCCCCUCCGUAUUGCCUUGAUAGUGGUGACGGAGGAUCAAUUAACAGCGGUCCACCACCUCCAUGUGAGUUCCACCCUCUUGCUCAUCCCCUUGCCGAGCGUUUUUCUGGGACCUUCGGUGUGUCCUUUUCUUGGCUACCGAGUUCUUAUGUAUGA